CCUCUCUCUCCUCCUGCGCUCCUAGCACACCCUUGCUUUUAGCAGGUACUUAAAGCCACCCGGAAAAGAAAACUCGCGUGCUUUUGAUGAAGCUGGUUGAACGGGGACCAUCCCUCCGCUCUCUCCUGCGCUGAGUCGCUCCCCCGUGCCUAACGAGAGCGGGCAGUUAAUAUUUCACCCUGCUGCAAAUUUGCUUUCAGGAGAAUGGAAGGGCAACCCUAGCCUGGCCUGUCAGUCAUGUCCCAUGACGAAGUUGGAAACGCUACCCCAGGCUGUUCUUAGAGGAUCGCACGCGUGCUGCUGGCCCAGGGCAGGCUGAGCAGCCGAAGUUUUCGUUCUCUCGCGCGCGCCCUCUAGUGCCAUAGCCCGGGGCGCGCGCCACACACAAAGUGGGCUCUUGGUGCUUUCAUUCAGUCUGUUAGAAAGUUGCAGUCAAGUGUUUUAUCAUCCGCAUCAUGAAUCUAACGGCUGCAAACCACCGCAUACCUCUGAGCGAUGGGAACAGCAUCCCAGUGAUUGGACUUGGCACCUACGCUGACCCCAAAAAAACUCCCAAAGGUACCUGUGAAGAAUCAGUGAAGAUUGCCAUUGAUGCUGGUUACCGCCAUAUUGAUGGGGCCUUUGUGUACUACAACGAGCAUGAAGUGGGACAGGCCAUCUGGGAGAAGAUUGCAGAAGGAAAAGUAAAACGAGAAGAAAUCUUCUAUUGUGGCAAAUUAUGGAAUACUUGUCACCCACCGGAGCUGGUGCGUCCAACUUUGGAGAAGACACUCAAGAUUCUGCGGUUGGAUUAUGUUGAUCUUUAUAUUAUUGAGCUGCCAAUGGCAUUCAAGCCUGGAGAUGCAAUCUACCCGAGAGAUGAAAAUGGAAAAUAUAUCUACCAUGAGACAAACUUAUGUGCUACUUGGGAGGCUUUGGAAGCAUGUAAAGAUGCCGGCUUGGCAAAAUCUAUUGGAGUGUCCAACUUCAACCGCAGGCAGCUGGAAAUGAUUCUGAAUAAGCCAGGGCUCAAGCACAAACCUGUCAGCAAUCAGGUUGAAUGCCACCCAUAUUUCACCCAGCCCAAGCUCUUAGAAUUUUGUAGACAACAUGACAUUGUCAUUGUUGGGUACAGUCCACUAGGAACCGCAAGGGAUGAAACGUGGGUAAAUGUGUCUUCCCCUCCUUUACUGAAGGACCCUGUGCUGAAUGCCAUUGGGGAAAAAUACAACAAGACGGCAGCACAGGUUGUUCUGCGCUUCAACAUCCAACGAGGGGUGGUGGUCAUUCCCAAAAGCUUCCAUCCACAGCGGAUCAAAGAAAACUUCCAGAUUUUUGACUUCUCACUCACUGGCAAGGAAAUGAAGGACAUUGAAGCCCUGAAUAAAAACACCCGUUACGUGGAGAUGCUGAUGUGGCGUGACCAUCCGGAGUAUCCCUUCAAUGAUGAAUAUUGAAAAUAAACCAUAGUGGCAUAUAUUCAACUCAAUAUUGUGGGGCUGUGUCCAAAAACACCUCGUUCUAAAAGGGCUUUCAUUGUAAUGGAGACUUUCCAGAACAUCAGAAUUAAAACAUGAAUGAAGUUACAUUUCA